AUGCACUGAGGUCACUAUCCAAUACCAAGACAAAGACCCCUUUGGGGGCGGCCGAAGUCAACUCAUCCCACCAAGGCGAAAACAGCCUCCAGUGUCAAGUUCGCGCCCAGUCUGUGCCAGAGCAACGGAGAAAUAACAACGCACGUCCUGUACAAGGCCGAAGCAUACAUGAAGUCAUAGCUUCGGAUCUAUCUUGUCUAUUUAUUUUGACCCAAUUCAGGCUGUGCCAAACAAUCGCCGUACCUAGCGACCAUGUCCGAGUUUCCCUGCACCCUCACCAUCGACGUGCCGUUCCCUACGGCCAGGCUAGCCAAAGUGGCACUUGGCUCGCUCAGCGUCGACAAGGAGCUUUCGCCAUCCGUGCAACGGGAGUUCUCCACAGUCUCUGCUUCCUCAGGCGCAACCGAGGAGACGAUCCUGCGCACCGAGUACAGCGCUACGACGAACCGCAUGCUCCGCGUCGCCGUCAAUUCUUUUAUGGACAGCUUGAGCCUCGUCAUAGAGGUCAUGGAGCAGCUUGAUGCCGAUGUGCUGGAGGCGCAAGCCAAGGCUCCGUGAAGAUGGGGGAAUGAAGGGUGUUCAUUGUGGUCCUUGGGUCAUUUGGAGGUUUGCUUUUUGAAGAUUUCCCAGGGUCCAGAUACAGUGCAGGAGAAAUGAAUGCCCAAGACAUCCAACGUGUUUUGUUGUGCGGACAGUGCUAUCGAGCGGUCACCCCCGGGGACGGGAUGGAAUCGACGUUACGUCGACUUGUCUAGAGUGAUCGUGCAGCCCGCUCAAUCGGGACUUCAGCAAGCCUCUUCCCCUCGAUAGGCGGUGCCACCCAGUUGCAAGGCUCCCAAAGAGAAGCAACCUGUGACAGCGCCGAGUGGGUUGUGGGGAUGAGUCGGCACGGCAAGGGGUCUCGGGUCUGGACAUGCUUCACAAAACAGAUGGUUCUUUAGGUAUAUUGGGAUUAGCAUUCAGAUUUCCAAUCAUCUCCCUGGUCUGGCACAGCUGCGCUGGUGCACUCUUCCCCAGCGUCUUGAUUUAUACUGAAGUUUACAUGAAAAAUCUCCUGAAAUAGGUCUCGACGUCCCCCCAACUCUCGCCAUCAAGCUUCCCAACAAACCCAACAUACUGAUCAGGCCUACACACCACCACGCACCCAACCUCCCUAUCCACUCCGUAGUUGGCAUAGGCGUCCCCAUACGGGUCGUGGUAGUUUUGGUCGUCGACAUAGAUGCUGUCAUAAUCCCACCCCUUCUCCUCGUCGAACGGGUGCAGCACGGCGGGAAAGUCCCGAAGGAGCUCCGUCUCGACCCGCUUCGCCGAGUGGCACGUCAGCACGUCGACGUGGCGGUACAGAUAGGGCCUGAGGAACGUCGACGACGCCAGGCGGUCGCAGAAGCCCUGCAGCCGGGCCUUUUGCGCCGGCGCGUGCACGUCGCCCGCGAACAGCACCAGCCUGAAGCGCCCGUCGCUCUUGA